AAGGAUUAAUCUGAUAUUUUAGAACAACUUUCAUAUAGAAAGUUUUCGCACGAAACACACCGUUUAGCAGUUUGAAAAGCGUGCAACCUUAAUCUAAAAUUUAAUCCACCCUUUUCAUGACUAACGAACGGGACCGCUUCAUUUUACUUGUUUGGGAGAGUUCCCUAACUCCCAUUACCAAACACAGCAUAAGAGAAUACAAUCGGCAAGAUAGGAAAAACGAUUUACUCUCAUUUAAAUUACUUGUCUUUCUAACUUUACCUUGAAUCAAACAUCUCUACUUUCUACCAUCGUUUUUUAAAAAUUUGUGUAAACGAAGCCGAACUUCAUCCACCAAUUAUGCCAAGCGAUUGGGAUCCUCUUCAGUCACUGCCCACUACACCGUGCCUUUGUCAUUGAUAUGUGGACCUGAUGUGUCGUCGGGCUCAUUUAUUAGUGACAAAGGCAUGGUGCAGUCGACUGAUCUCUAUCCUGAUACCAAGUGGUCCUUGUUAGUUGAAAAAUUGGAAGUAACUAGAAAAAAAAAUCUUCCAAGGCCAGUAGGCCACUGACAAAAUGACAAGAGGCGGGGACAGGAAGGAAACGCCAAAGCAGUUACCUGCAGGUGGGGACAAACCCCGCGGCUUCGAGCCACUGCCAUGUGGGCCCCACCUCCGCCUCCGCGCCUCGUCGCCUCCGCUCCCCUCCCAUCCCCUCGCUACCUCACUCUACCCGCUCUAUAAAAGGCCUUCUAGAAGGAGCUUCCCGCCUCAAGCCGCGCGGAUCGAUCGCUUCUAGAAGCUUCCGCCUCCGCCGCGGGCCAUGGACGCGCGAGGAGGCCACCACCGCGACGAGGAGGAGGAGGCGGCCGCGGCGCCGCUCCUCGCCGGCGCCGCGCCGUUGGGUUACUCGGGCCACCGCCGUAGCCACGCCGGCGACCUGCACGUCCUCUCCGCCGCGUUCCUCUUCGUCUUCUCCGCCUACUGCGCCGCGCAGAACCUCGAGAGCUCGGUCAACACCGAGGGCGACCUGGGCACGGUGUCCAUGGGGAUUCUGUACACCUCCUUCACGCUCUUCUCGGUGGCCGCGUCGCCCGUGGUCACGUGGCUCGGCUCCAAGCGCGCGCUCGUCGUCGGCACCAGCGGCUACGUCAUCUUCAUCCUCGCCAACCUCGUCCCGACAUGGUACACAAUGGUGCCAGCCUCCCUGUAUCUGGGUUUUACUGCAUCGAUCAUCUGGGUUGGGCAGGGUACAUAUCUCACGUCUGCUGCCCUCAGUCAUGCAAGAGACAAUAAUUUGCCUGAAGGCCAAACUUUGGGGAACUUCAAUGGAGAGUUCUGGGGAAUGUUUGCUAGCACACAGGUCAUUGGAAAUUUGAUCUCUCUUGCACUACUGAGAGAUGGAAAGGAUGGAGGAAGUGUCACGGGGAAAAGUCUGCUGUUUGUUGUGUUUCUUGGCUGCAUGAUUGUCGGCAUUAUAUUAAUGUGUUUACUUUCCAAAAGGGACGAGAAAGGAAAUAAUGCUCCAACACAUUCCUCAUUUGGGGCUAUGAUGAAGUAUAUUGUUGCCCCUCUCAAGGACCGAAGGAUGAUUCUUAUCAUCCCUCUUAUUGCAUAUUCAGGAUUACAACAGGCAUUUGUAUGGGCUGUUUUCACGAAAAAUAUUGUAACACCUGUGCUUGGCAUCUCUGGCGUUGGCGGAGCCAUGGCAAUAUAUGGUGCAGCCGAUGUUGUUUGUUCAUUGGUUGCUGGACGUUUGACCUCUGGGCUUCAUUCAGCUACAUCUAUCGUUUCGGUUGGAGCUAUUCUUCAGGCUGUAGUCCUGUUCUGGUUACUUCUUUUUUACAGUCCAAUGGGUGGACUGCUUGGUGCAGCAGUUCCACUGUUUAUAGGUGCCUUAUGGGGUGUUGGUGAUGGUGUCUUGAAUACACAGUUAAGUGCAUUACUUGGGCUGCUGUUCGAGGAUGUCAAGGAGGCAGCUUUUGCACAGUUGAAGGUUUGGCAAUCGGGUGCCAUCGCAGUCAUCUUCUUCCUGAGCCCAAAUAUUACGCUACAAGCCAUGCUUAUCUUGAUGGCCACUGCGCUCAUCAUCUCUUUCGGCGCAUUCUUGUUACUUACACUUGUUGUGGAGAAGCCAUCGACCGUCAGAUCGUGAGGAAAUCCGAAAUCCUUUUGUCCAACAGAAACCAAUUCCAAAGUGGGGCCAAUUUCACCACAUAUCUUGAUCAGUGUUACCAACAACCAAAGCAGCACAUACUGUAUGCACGAGCGAUACGAAACCAAAAGGAAAUGAGGUAUCUGUCAGUUGAUGUGCAACACAACACCACCCUGACUCCAUUUGUUUCAGCGAUUUUUGCUGAAUUGAAGUGAUUGCAUUCAAAAUUAGAGUGACGGCCUUGUAGCAAAAUCUGUUUUCCUCCAGUUGUUUCUGUUCCGUGGUUGUUUCUACCAAAUGUAACAUCAGUCAAAUAUAUAUGUUUAUAAUAGCUGCUCUUUUGUUCUGAAAAAGGAUGAGUGUUAUUUCGACGUGGUUUGAUGAAAAAAAGAAGAAGGUUACUCCUUCGGUCAUUAAUAUAUGAAGGGCCUCAUCUUUUUCUUA